CUAUCUUGUCGGUCUGUCUGUUUAGUCUGUUUGUCUGAUAUAUCUCCGAGGUCUGGGUCUGUCUAGUCUGCUAUUGUCCGUCUGUAGGUCCGUAUGUCUGUCUGUCUGUCUAUCUCUUCUUUGCAGACUACAUGUCUUACCUAUCAGCUUCUAACUCUUUCAAUUUAGACGUMUGUAGCCGUAUUAAGUGCCAUCAAUAUGCUUCUUGUGUUAAUCACCUUAAUGGGACUGCGAGCUGCGCAUGCUCUUCAAAGUGUCCGCUGAAGUACGAUCCCGUUUGCGGCACAGAUGGCGAAACGUACGUCAAUACUUGCCUUCUGAAGUUGAAAUCCUGCCAAGAUAACAGUGAUCUGUCUGUGGCUUAUAGUGGAGAGUGUCUGCCAGACCCUUGUCUUGCCAAGAGAUGUCCUCCCUAUGCAAAAUGCAAACUCCUUUCCAACAACAAACCAACUUGUGUUUGCGCAUCUGAGUGUCAGCUCAGCUACAACUUUGUGUGUGGAACGAAUGGCAAAACGUACCUCAGUGUCUGUGCUCUUCAACUGGAGUCAUGUACUACGAAUCAAAAUAUCACAGUUGCACAUGAUGGAGUUUGUGACAACGUUGCUUGUGGCAGUAAAAGCUGCCCACCAUUUUCCGUCUGUCUGUCUGACCAGUGCACCUGCCCGUUAUACUGUCCUCCUUCUAACAUCACUGUUUGUGGCAGUAAUGGCAAAACCUACUUGAACGAGUGCAAUUUGAGAAAAGAAGCUUGUGAAAUGAAGAGUAAUCUUGGAGUUCUUCAUCAGGGAAAGUGUUAUGACCCUUGUGACGCGCUUAAAUGUCAAUACGGCUCUACCUGUGUUCGUCACGCUAACAAGACCGCCUCUUGCGUCUGCCCAACCUGUAACCUUCGGUACGAACCAGUAUGUGGUAAUGACGGCUUGUCCUACUUCAGUGAAUGUCUUCUCUUACGAAAAGCCUGUCUGGCUGGAACUACAAUAACUGUAGUUUACCGUGGAAGAUGUUCUUGUCCAGACACCAACUGUCAAUAUGGUUCUCGAUGCGAGGUCCGUGAAGACGGCUUACAAGUAUGCACCUGCCCUGAAAAGUGCCCUCUUACUUACGACCCUGUGUGUGGAAGCAAUAGAAAGACAUACAUCAACUUGUGUUCGCUGACAGCCGAUGCCUGCAAAUCGAAAAUUAAGCUCACUGUGUCUUUCAAAGGCCGAUGUUAUGUUGGUUGUUCUUCGACUAAGUGUGGGUUCUACUCUAAAUGCAUCGAGAAAGAAAAUGGUCAGGCGGUCUGCGUGUGUCAACAACUUUGUGCUCUGUUAUUUGAACCGGUCUGUGGCAGCGAUGGACGCACUUACAUUAAUGAAUGCCUUCUGAGAUCAGAGGCUUGUAAAAAGCGACAAGACCUCGUGAUGCUGCAGAAAGGGGCUUGCACUCCUUGUGCUCUUCUUAAAUGUGACUACUAUUCAACCUGUAAAGCUAAACUAGAUGGAAGUCUCGAGUGUGUUUGUCCUCAAGAGUGUCCAUUAUCCUUCAAUCCUGUUUGUGGAAGUAAUGACCUUACUUAUCCUAAUGAGUGCACUCUGCAGAAAGAGUCCUGUAGGAUUAAGAGACGUAUCGUUGUGAAGCACAGAGGACAGUGCGAAUGUUCUGAUGGUUCUUGUGGUCAACAGAACAAGCAUCGUCAAUUCAAGCGCUCUUUACACCUCUCUAUUUCCAAUGCCUUACUCCAUAGAUCUACUAACCUCUAUUCAUCUAAUACUAACAUAUCUGGUAAGUGUUCUUUUCUUUUCUAUCCUUGUUUUCUCUUUACCUUACUUCUCUAUUACCUCUGGGUCGUAAAAUGGUUCGAAAAUCUCGAUACUAAAAAUAAAACAGAAUGACGUAAUUCACUUUCCAAAAUAAGUAUGCACCUCGAAGUUUAGAAUAGCCUCCGUUGCAGACUUUCAUGUGGUUUGCUUCCCUGUUGUGAGAGGGAAGGGAACCACAUAAUUCGUCUGCAACGGAGGCUAGAAAUAAAAUUUGGAUCACUUGAAAAUUUCUUUGUAAUUGCUUUGUUCGUGACCUCUUCCCGCCAAAAUUGAAGACCAGAAAAAGUGAAAACCUGCGAUUGUGAAGAAGAAAAGAAGAAGACCUGUUAUUAUGACUGCAUUUCAAAAACGUUAGAAUUGAGAUUGAAAAGUUAUUUGAACCAUAGCUAGAGAUUUGACGUGUUUUUGCCGAGCGUGAUGAUCACUGUAUGAAGAAACAAAGACCGGAUGGCAACACCUUGUACAGGAAGAAAAGGUCUUCGAAACACGACCAUCACAUAUUUUAGACGUCUGGCUUCAUUCAUUAUGGUCUUAAUAGAAAUAUCUACAUCCAUCCUUUUAUCUAUUCAAUCCCCUUUAUCCAUAUACCCCAUCAAUCUUUUUCAUCCAUCGUUCUAUCUUUUUUCCAUUUAUUUAAUCCAAUUCUUCUUUUAGUACACAUUUAUAUUCCUCCUUCAACCAAAAGCAUCCGCCCAGACAUUUAGAUUUUUCUUCCUUUCCAUCCAUCCAUCUAUAGGCCGAUCUUUGUUUACGAUUUUUCCUCAUUAGCAUAAAAAGAUUUCAAGCUACAAGCAAACCAUGAGCUACAAGUCUUGCCACACGACCAUACAUUUCUUUGUAAAUCAUACCGCUUUCAAAAAACUUUUACUUCCAAAA